GCAGAACAUUAAGUAAUGGAAGGCAAAAGUGAAAGGUGCAGUUGGUGUGGGGUGCAACUACUUGUGCCCCCAGAAACCAAAAGCAUUCAAUGUUCUGUAUGCAAUGGCAUAACUCGGGUUCGAUCAAAUGAUCGUUGGGUUCAAGUCCAGGACUCAAUUAGCCAUACAGCAAAUCGGUUUAAAGACCUUGUCAAUACAGUGGUUUCUGGAUCGGUAAACAGCUAUCCAGCAUGGAAUGCACAAGUUUAUGGUUAUUAUCCUCAGCUGCCACCACCACGACCAUCACCGCCAUUGACGCCUCCUAACCCGCAUGGGAGGAAGCGAGCCCUUUUAUGUGGAGUGAGCUAUUAUGGGCGUAGUUACAAACUCAAAGGAAGUGUGAAUGAUGUCAGGUGCAUGAGAUACUUUUUGGUGGAAAAGAUGGGUUUUCCCAACGAGUCAAUACUCAUACUCACAGAGGACGAGACAGACCCACUUAGGAUCCCAACAAAACAUAACAUCAGAAUGGCCUUAAAAUGGUUAGUCCAGGGGGUUCAGUCAGGUGAUUCAUUGGUCUUCCAUUUCUCGGGCCAUGGCUCAAGGGAGCGUGACAAAAACAUGGAUGAGAUUGAUGGGUACGACGAAACACUAUGCCCUGUUGACUAUGAGACUCAGGGGAAGAUAAUUGAUGAUGAAGUGAAUGACACCAUCGUUAGGCCAAUACCCCGUGGUGCCAAACUUCAUGCCAUUAUCGAUGCCUGCUAUAGUGGAACCGUACUUGACUUGCCUUUCCUGUGCAGGAUGAAUCGGGAAGGAGUAUACACCUGGGAAUUUCAAACAUAUACACCAAGUGUUUAUAAAGGCACCAGUGGUGGGCUAGCGAUCUCUUUUGGUGCUUGUGAUGAUCAGCAGACUGCUUCAGACACAACUGCUUUGGCAGGUAAGGCUUCAACAGGUGCCUUGACAUAUUGCUUCAUCCAAGCUGUGCAAACUGAACCUGGAUUAACUUAUGGCCGCUUGCUUAAUUCCAUACGCCAACAAAUUCGUGAGGCCAAAACUGGAAUACGCCUCAAUGGUCCAAUUGCAUCUCUCAUUAAUAAAGUAUUAGGCGCAGACUUAUCACAGGAGCCUCAAUUGUCAUCAUCAGAGAAGUUCGACAUUUACUCAAAGCAAUUUCUAUUAUAACUUAGUUUACCAUUAGCUAUGGGUGAGCCACUAUUCAAAAGUAAUGAAUUUUAUCAUCUAAUUACGCAUUUGGUCCUCAAACUCUGCCUCAUGUUU